UCCCCUGAUUCCUGCUGGAGGCUGCCCUGGGUGAGUUGCCACUCAGGCAGCUCUCUGCCCUGCACCAGUGCUGGGGUGGCUGGGAUGGCAGCCAUCCUGCCAGUGACCCCGUGGAAACCCCUCCUCCUGACUCCCUGGCGGUCUCCAAUUGGUCCCCACCCGCGGCUGCCUCUGACCAUCUGCUGCUGUCCAUCACUGGCCACUCCUCGGCCCGCUACGCUAUCCUGUUUGUCAAGCCCUGCUCGGAGACUGUAGGUCUCCAUGACAACCAGAAGCUUGGAGGAUCUGGAUGGGGGCCUGGGCAGCUGUCUCCCCAACGAUGACCUCCCCCCGUUACUGGAGGAGCCACGCUCAGGCCGGAGGCCAGACAGCAAAGCACUAGGGGCAUCCAGGCAUGCUGACCCUAGUGACUGGACACAUGCCCCCCAGGAUCCAGGGGUCUCUGGCGCUGCAGAGAAAGAGCUUGCGGCCAAGGAGGGCCCAGGAACCAGCAAGAGGAUGCAGAAAGCCGAGACAAGUCCCCACGGUGCUCCCGCGCCGCGCAGGAGGUCGCAGGCUGCGCCUCCCCUGAAGCCACCGCCGCCGCCGCCGCCGUCUCUGAGCGACGACCUGCCCUGGGGAGACCUGACACUCAACAAGUGCCUGGUGCUGGCCUCGCUGGUGGCGCUGCUGGGCUGGGUUCUCCAGCUGUGUCAGAAUGCAGUGUCUGGGGAGGUGGCGGUGGCUGCCCCUCAGCAGUGGGUCCCGCCCAGUCUUCCACCCAAGAAGUCGGCGCCACCGUCUGCGCCUAAGCCCCCGCUCUCGGUACCUCCAUCCGGGCCUCCGGAGCCCAAGCCCGGGCCGCCCGGGCCCCAGGCACUGAAGCAGGACGAGCCUGAGGCUACAGAAGCCCUGGGGGAGCCUGAGGGGCCCCAGCGGGAGGCCUCUGGGGAGGAGCACGCCCCCCUUGGAGACCGAGGGUCCCAGAAGCGGCCCCGGAAGGAGAAGCCAAGGAAAGGAGAGAAGCUGAAGGAGAAGCCGAGAAAGGACAAGCCCAGGAGGGAGGAGAGACCACCGCGGGCCACCAGGGAGCCCCGCCAACCCCUGCCCCGGCGCUGGGAGCAGAGUGAAAGAGGCCCCCGGCCGUGGGCGCGGGACUCCAGAGAACUCGAGCCUGAGAAGCGGCAUCCCCGGCGACGCCGUGACCUUGACGCCCGGUCCAGACAGAAGCCCGGUGGGGGCAAGGGGCGCGACUGAGCCUGCCCUGAAUCCCGCACCCCCUCUCCCUGCAGCACCAGCGAAUAAAGCUCGUGCUGCGGCA